GCACAACAUGGUUUCAACAGUGGUAUAGCCAUGAUGCAGUUGCAUUUCUGAAGACAAAUGUGGCAAAGUAAUUCUUACCCUUCCCACCCACGACUAUCACGUUAAUGAACUGCACUUUAAAAUCUUGCUCCUGCAGCACUUGGCCCUACUCAAGAACAGCAGCCAGCAUGAUAGCAAAUUGAUUUAAUCUCUCCUGUGUUAUGCAUGUAACAACAGAAGACAAACACUGGGAAUUUGGAGCAUAGCAACAAUGAUGCAGACACAGGAUUACAUACUAGAUGGCAGGUAUCAAUUCUGAGAAGAACAAUCGGUUCUUGAUUAUUAUUGUUAUACUUCUAAUGGUAAAUUUAUUAGGAUUUGAAAGAAAAAUCUUAUCUUUGCUCAUCAUUAUCAGUAGAAUGAUCAGCAUUUCUGCUGUUUUCCAUCAAUAAGAUCAUAAGACAUAGCACGAUUUAUUUUCCCUCUCAACUCCAUUCUCCUGCCUUCCCCAUAACCUUUGAUGCCUUUAUUAAUCAAGAACCUAUCAACUUCCACUUUCAGUCUAGUAGGAAUAAGGCAAUUGGAGUAGCAUUGUCCCAAGAAUCGAUAACUCUUUUUUUUAUUUCCCUGCAAGGUUCUGUACUGCUUUGGGUUAUUUUCAACAAGUGACAUCCCAAAUCAAGUGGCAGGAAGGCGUUUUUGAUGCCAUUAUAUCACUCUUCCAUAUCUUCUGAUUAAUUAAUGAAAUGCAUGUUGGAAAAAUUCUUCAUGUAUACAGUACAACAGAAAUACAUGUAUUGGUUGAAUCACACACAACUUCUCCAACCAAUACAUGCAUUUCCAUUGUACUGUACCCAUGAAGAAUUUUUCAACAUGCCUUUCAUUAAUUAAUAUUAAACCAUGGAUUACAUGUUUAUUUUUCACCGGGUACAUUUUAUUGUUUCAUUCGUUCGUGACCAGUAUGAAGUUUGCAAUUAUCUUUCUUUAAAAUCCAACUAAAAUCUGUACCAGCAUCCUGCAAAAAACAUGGUAAAAUCACAGUAUUCAGCUUGUUAAAAUUGUAAGUUGUUGUGUAAUGCACUCUGAAACAAUUGUCUUAGUCCUUUUUUUAUUAUGAUCAACAAAAAUACUACCAAUUGCUGCAUGAAAUAACAAGACAUUGAAAUUUACUUCAUCAGAUUUCUAUUUUUAUGUUUGUGAAAUAUCUAUAAGUAAAUCAUAUAUAACCAUUUGUAGUCAGUAGAAACAAGCACAUUUUAUAAUGGCAAUAGCAUAGUAUCCUUUGCUUCUGGAAUCCAGUUCCAUUAGAGCUGCCAAGUAAGGAUGAAUUUCUAGGUGUGUUUAAUCCCUCUCUCAUUCAUGAGAAAAACUCUAUUGCCCAUUUUCUAACUUAUCUGAGGCUCAUUUACCCACACCCACAGUGGCUUGAUUUUAAAAUACUCAUUCUUGUUUUCAAGUUCCUCCAUGAUCUCAUCACUCACUCUUUCCCCAUUUACAAAUUCCAGCCAUACACCCUUAAAAGAUCCUGCCAAUUCUGGUCUAUUACCAUAUUCCACCACAAUAUCUGAUUUUCUUCUUCUGAAAAGCUUUGCUUAUUAAGCUAUUCCACCCUAAUGACUGGUAGCUAGUAUUACAUCUAAUUAUUUUUGUUUCUGAUUAAGUUCCUAUGGAAUGCCAUAGAAAAGAUAAAGCACUAACAAAAUAGAAGUUGCCGCUCUUAACUGCUCUUUGAUUAAAUUCAUACACACUCAGCGUUUCAGGAACAGCUUCUCCCCCUCUUUCAUCAGAUUUCUGAAUGGACAAUGAACCCAUGAACAGUACCUCACUACCUUUUCUCUCUUUUUGCACUACUUAAUUAUCUAUAUACUUAUUGUAAUUUAUAGAUUUUUAUUAUGUACUGCAAUGUACUGCUGCUGCAAUACAACAAAUUUCAGGACAUAUGCAAGUGAUAUUACACCUGAAUCUGAUUCUAAUUUCAUAGGCAUAUCCUUAAAACAAAUAAAAAGCCGCUGUAGAUUACACAACUCUUGGUAAACCUAGUAAGACACUAUUCGAACGUCAGUGACAUAAUUUGAACUUUUAUUCUGGGUUGGAGCAUGAGCUCACGUUCAGCAAUUGGAAUAACAUUCACCUUUCCCACUCUCCUCAGACUUUAUUCACAUUUAGAACGUGUUCCUUGGUUUAAACAUCUUGAAGAAUGUUCGGCAACAUGCAUUGUUCUAAAAUGCGUGGUGUGAGAGUUUGCAACUCAGGAUGGUGAUCACUGUAGACGAAAAGAAUUCUUGAGAUAUAUGAAUAGAUUACGCCGCAAGUGCCCAGUGCGUGUUUAUUUUUUAAUCCUCGAACAUGUGAGGAACAAUACUGACUGGUUUUAAAACGUCUAUGAUAUCCUUGGUCUGAAAAAAAGCCAUUAAGCUUGUGCAUAUAAAAUUUCUGCGUAUACAGUAAUGCUGGUGAUUAAUCGCAGCAAUUCUUUGCUUGGUUGGAAUAAUCCAACAUGUGGUGGCCAACCCCGCCCCUCUCACAUUACACACUAUAAGCUUGUCACUUUUCCCACCAAGCGUUCAGAGGGAGGCAGCCUCAUUGACUUAAGGCAUGUGAGCAUUUAUUUAUUUAUUGGAGGAAAAAAGUUUAUAAAGAAUCAGAGCAUUGCAAAUUAUAUCUGAAGACCUGAAGUGACAAAGAACGGUGCCAUUUGCAAAGAUCUAGGAUUUAAAACUUUCUUUGAGUGCAGACAGCACCUCCGAGUCUUUCAAUGGAUCAGACGACAAGCAGCUGCAUGCGCAAUUCGCAUUCCGGGGCCGCCGUGUGGAGCUGCAUGCGAAAUCCACAUUCCGGGGCGGGGGUUCCUGGCCUCCACCACUAUCCUUCUCCUUUCUCUUUAUACAAAAAGUCCGAAGUCGCGGACUUCACCGCUUAUCCAGAUUUUUCUUCUCCUUGCCUGGUAUCGGCGACGCACAGUUUCCCCGGAGAAGAAAGGGUUUACGUGGAACAUCACCCGGGCCGCUUCCACCGCACCGAGUGGCACAUUCCCCCUCCGCUGCCGACGGCGGCCAGAGACAGACAAACCUCAUGCUUGUCAGCCAGCUCCGCGAAUUUCGAAACCGGUGGCUCGGAGCCGGCGCUAUGUGUCGCGACUGGUGAUUACUCCAGCCAGCGGGGCAUCGCUGCUUCCGAACUAGACAAGAAACCAACGAAAAGGAAACGCGACGUGUUAGAAACUCAAGAUUCAAAUUACAAAUCCGAGUCCAAUAACAAGGCCAGGAAAGAAAGGACAGCAUUUACUAAAGAACAGAUUCGAGAACUGGAAGCUGAAUUUGCCCAUCAUAAUUAUCUGACCAGACUGAGGCGAUAUGAGAUAGCAGUUAACUUGGAUCUCACAGAAAGACAGGUAAAGGUCUGGUUCCAGAAUAGAAGAAUGAAGUGGAAGCGUGUCAAAGGUGGACAACCAAUUUCACCACAGAGUCAAGAACCAGAUGACGUGGACUGCGUGACUCCUGAUGCAAAUCUCAGGAACAUAGAUGGAAAGAGCCAAUUGGAGGGCCUAGUGGACAGUAAGGAAACAAUGCAGGAUAGUAUUAGAUAAAUCCAUUGGCCAUAUCCAUCAGAUUUGGACUCUAAAGUGAACUUAAGUUGGAUGAUAUCACCUACUUAAUAUCAGGUGUCAACUUGACCAAUCUCAAGUGAAGCUUUGAACAUGUUGGAACAUCAGCUCAGACUCAUUCAACUUUGAAACCAAAGUUCAUUGAACCCCAAUUAUUGACCAUGAACGUUUUGUUUUUGUAUUAUAGCAAAGAAUCAGAUUUGAAAUCUAUGGUUUCAUUUAUCAUUUCAACAAACUCAUUUAUUUUUGCUUUUUUUAAAGAAAAUUUAGCUUACAAGUUUGUUGCAUAAAUACAGUAUUACUGAAAAAAAACAUU